AUUCAAGAGUUUUUGACCGUCACGGACUUAGGAUUUUGAUGAACUCAGAUCGGGUUCGGCGUUUCAUUGUCUCCAUCUCUUUAACUUAUCAUGCCACACAGUGUCCCGUCUGAAGAACUACCUAUCUUGGAGCGAUUGCUCGCCAUUCGCAAUCGUUUGUCAGCUUUGAAAAGAGAUCGUUCCACUUAUCUCAAGGCAGACGACAUUAUGCCCAUCAAAGAAGAGGUGACGCAAGAAAUUAAUAAUCUGACCGAAGUACGUGGCGGUAUAAUGGUCCAUGAGAAACAAGCCUUGAAUCGUACGGACGAUGUCAUGGAUGAAGUCUGCCAAAUGCUCAGUCUGUGCUUUUUGUGUUUGGGCAAAACCAGAGAAAGUCCUGCAGUAUAUUCUCAAGUCGUGGCGAUCAAGCAUUCUUUUGAUCGUCUGGAGGAGUUUGGCAUUUAUGCUGAAGAAUUUCUGGAACCUUAUACGAAGAAAUUGAAGGAAAUCGAAAAUAUUCUCAAAGUGGAUGAAAGAAACGGUGCCUUACCAAAGGCUGUCAUGCAAAUGCUAAAGUACAAAUUCACACAAUGCGAGCGUAUCAGAGAUCAACUGAUGGCGACAAUCCAUGAAGUAUCUCCCGAACUAAUUCCCAUUCGCAAUAAGAUGCUUCGUAUUCGCCGGCAAUUAAUAUCUAUUGCCUGUCAAAGCAACUUUAAAGCAAGCGAUAUAGUGCCGAUCCAAGAGGAAAUUCGGGAUAUCGAUAACCGUAGAGAGGACGGCAAAUUUUUGGCAGCGGAUGGCAGUAUUCCAGCUGGUCAAGCGGUGCUUGUGGGUCUCCUAGAGCAAAUUUAUGCUUACUCACAUGAUAUGAUCAUCGCCGCUAGCACCGAUUUCUCCCCUGCGUUGCAAGAAAUUCGCGUACGACUGGUGGAAAUCAAAUCGCAAUUGGAACGUUUGGAACUGACACACAAGUGGACUUUAAGACAGACUGAUUUGUUCACUUAUCAGCACCAACUGCAUGAUAUUGUAAUGAUGCGUCAUCCCGUGGAUAGCGAUCGUCCCGACAAACUCGACAAAUUUUUGGAUGAACGUGGUGAAGCCCCAGAAGGUCAAACCGUGCUCAAUUUCUUACUUCACAAAUGCUAUCGUAUCAUUGUUAUCUUGUUGAACGAGAGUGUGCCUGUCUCCGAGGCAUUAACACCUAUUUAUAAUCAGCUAACUUCCGUACGUCAAUGCCUGUUAGCCGUCAAGAAGACGGGCGCGCCGUGUUCAGCAGAGGAAUUGUAUCCCUAUCAAAUGAAGUUAAUGAGCAUCGAAAAUCUGCGAAAAGACGGUAAAUUUUACGAUGAACAAGGUUGCAUCCCCGAAGGUCAAGCACUUUGCGUAUCUACUCUCGAGGAAUGCUAUUCGCUUUUGGAACAGCUGCGUGACGAUUCCGAAUAAAAAGAAACGAAAAAGAAAAAGUAGACUAGAGCGCAGAAAGAACAUCUAAUAUGUAAUCAAAAAGGGUUUCCGUAUUCGCUUGCCCCCUCCCCUCCCCCUUCCCCCAGCGUCUCUUAAUUCCAUUCAAUUACUGUAGAAACACUGAUCGAUAUACUGUAUUGCUUAACAUUCCGCAGU